AUAAGGACGCCGAGUCGUCGCCGUUGUACCCACUAAUGUGAUACACGAGUUAUCGCCCGAUAAAGCAAAAGGUGCUGGCACUUUUUUUUCUCUCUCUUCUAUAACUAGGAUAGCACGCACAGAACGGACCAAUACGCAGUAUUUGUGCGAAACAGUCACAACAACACUUCAGAGUGCGAUCGUUUUGCGGAAGAGCAAAUAAUUCCGUGAAUUGAAUAGAAAUCUUUAACAACGCUCCUCACCGUCAUCAUUGUCGGCCAUCGAGGAGACGGAGGAAGAUGGUGUGUUUGUUACUGUUUCGCGAUUCGCGCUGUAAAGUGGUGCAUCUAGUCUAGCAAGCAAUAAAAGUUCGUCGUAGAUACGUGUCGUGUCCGUACCCUUUGAGGUAAACGCGGGACAAUGCAGUUACGGACCAUUUUGGUGGUUGCAUAGAGUGAACAACACAGCACUCGCCACCAACAGUCGCGUUAUUUGAUCUGGUUUUUGUUUCCCCGUGGGAAGUAAGGGACAAAAGGGACCGCCAGUUACCGGGCGUGCAGUGUGCAGUGUUGCUAACAGCGGGCCAGUUGCCAAAAGUGCGGUACUCCGUUGUGUGGUGUGGUGAGUAAAUGUGUAGGUUACUGGCAGACCCCGUAAAACACCUCACAGCAAAUAUACUCAAGCGCAGGGACGAUAUGGACUGAGAGUUUGCCAAAAACAAAGGUGGUUUGGUUAGUCAUGACUCUAUCCAGACAUUUUCAUGGUGGAAAGAGUUCAAAAACCGCUGUUGUGCUGUGUGCUAGGGAAAGUGGUCCAAUGUUAUCGAGCUACAAAGCUAUGUUGAUGUUGUUUAUACAUUGUUCAGUGUAGUUUUAUAUGCCAAAAACUAGAUUUUUCUAGUCGGUCGUGAGAAAAUUUGUAAUUAGUUACAGAACAACCAUGGCAGGCGCUAGCACCACCACCACCACCACCACCCAAUUAACCAUCGACGGCAGUGUGGCGCCGGAAGUAAACAUCCGAGAGCCCCACGAGCCAAAGGAGCGCGAAAAGUGGGGCCGUGGCAUCGAGUUCCUGCUCUCCUGUAUCGCCCUUUCCGUCGGGUUCGGCAACAUUUGGCGCUUCCCGUACACGGCCAUGCAAAACGGCGGUGGAGCGUUCCUCAUUCCCUACCUGAUAGUGCUGUUGCUGGUCGGCCGUCCGCUCUACUAUCUCGAGAUGGUGAUGGGUCAGUUCGCGAGCCGGGGCUGCAUCAAGGUGUUCGAUGUCGCACCGCUAAUGCGUGGUGUGGGCGUCGGCCAAACGCUUGCCCUGCUGCUGAUACUGGGCUACUAUGCGGCCGUACUUUCCGUGUCGGUGCGCUAUUUUGUUGCUUCGUUCGGUAGUCCACUGGCCUGGGCUCGCUGUGAGCCGGACUGGAGCGGGUGUGUCGAUUCGGAGUUUAAGGGGCGCGUGCAGAACGCCAGCUUAAGGCCAUCGGCAGAGUAUUACUUUAAUCGUACCGUGCUGCACAACUUCUGGACGGUGGAAGACGGUGUUGGAGUACCGGACUGGAAGCUGGCGGUUUGUUUGCUGUUUUGCUGGAUGUGUAUCACGGGUAUACUGAUUAAGGGUAUUCGUAGCUCGGGGAAGGCUUCAUACUUUUUGGCCAUCUUUCCGUACGUGAUACUGUUGGUGUUACUGGUACGCACCUGUACGCUGGAGGGAGCGGACCAGGGCAUACUGUAUCUGAUGAAGCCGCAGUGGGAGAAACUGAUAGACGUGCAGGUUUGGUAUGCUGCCGUGACACAAUGCUUCUUUUCGCUAACAAUAUCACUCGGUUCGGUUAUCGUGUUUGCUUCGUACAACAGCUUCACCAACAAUAUCUACCGUGAUGCUAUGAUCAUCUCCUGGCUCGAUACCUUCACCUCGAUCGUGUCAGGCAUCGUUGUGUUCGGUAUCGUCGGCAACAUCGCACACAUCACCGGUAACCGGGUCGAGGAUAUGCAGCUGCAGGGUCCCCAGCUCACCUUCAUCACGUAUCCGGAUGCGAUCGCCAAAUUUGAUGCCGCCCAGAACGUGUUUGCUGUGCUGUUUUUUCUUAUGUUUUUCCUACUCGGGCUCGGUAGCAACACGGGCAUCGUAACGACGAUCGUGACGGCGGUUCGCGAUCGGUUCCCCCAGCUGCCCAACUGGAAGGUGGUGAUUUCGAUAGCGAUCUAUGGGUUUUGCUGUGGGUUGGUUUAUAUCACACCGGGUGGAUUACACGUGUUGGAUGUAGUAGACAAGUACGGUGUUACACUAACGACGCUAACGCUGGUAAUGCUAGAGAUUGUAACGUUCUGCUGGAUGUACGGUGUCGAGCAAAUUGGGCAUGACAUUCAGCUCAUGUUGAGCCGGAGAACUGGAGUGUUUUGGCGAGUUUGCUGGAGCUUUGUGACGUUCGGUAUCAUUGCCGUCAUAUGGGUAUUUAGCUUCAUCCAGUACACACCACUCCCAGUUCCUCUGGGUAUGACCGUAUUUGGUUGGUGUCUAUAUGCAUUCGUCAUCAGUCAAGUAGCGAUUUGGGCUGUGUAUGCCUUAUGCGAACGAAAAGAAGAAAAACUAUUGGACAGACUCAAAGCUGCCUGUCAGCCAACGUCCGAUUGGGGGCCAGAAAACUCUACCGUGCGUUCACAAUAUCGAUCCGAGCGUUCCAAACGCUUGGAGGAAAAUCGAGCCCAAAGUGUUGGUGUCGGGAAAUGUGUGCUUCGAAAGAUGUGCAACACUUUUGUCCAAAAAUAGUUACAUUUUCAAAAGGUGAAAUAUCAAUUGUAUGUGUUUAAGAAUUGAUUUUGACAUUCUGUAAAGCUUUACGGGCUGGAGUUUAUUGAUUAAUAAAUUUCAAAUUUAAUAAUA